AGAGGUCGGGUCAUUUGCAUGCUUCACAGAGAGCGAGCAAGAUGACCAGCGGAUGCAGCGGCAGCCAUGGGCGACUCCUCUGGCUGCUGCUCGCGUGCUCAUGCGUGGCGGCAGCGCGAGCCCAGCAGACAGCACGAACCGAUCCAAUUGAAGUGGCGGCGCUGAACACGAUCCUGGGGCGAUGGGGCCUGCGCGCGUCGCCGGCGUGGAACAUCAGCGGCGAGCCCUGCAGCGGCGUCGCCGUCGACACCACCGACGUCGACAACAACCCCAACAUCAACCCGGCCAUCAAGUGCGACUGCUCAUACGACAACGCCACCGUCUGCCACAUCACCAAACUAAAAGCGAACGCCUUGAACGUUGUCGGUCAGAUACCAGCCGAGCUGCAGAACCUCACCUAUCUCAAUAACCUGAACCUGAUGCAGAAUUAUUUGACAGGUCCGGUGCCAUCAUUCAUUGGAAAGUUUCCCAUGCAGUACCUAUCUCUGGCUAUCAAUCCGCUGUCUGGAACACUUCCAAAGGAGCUUGGGAAUCUUACAAAUCUUAUCUCUUUGGGCAUUAGCUUGAACAAUUUUACUGGUGAACUUCCUUCUGAACUGGGCAACUUGACCAAACUGGAGCAAAUAUAUUUCGAUAGCUCUGGCUUCAGUGGUCCAUUCCCUUCGACAUUCUCAAAGCUUAAGAACUUGAAGAUACUGUGGGCAUCAGACAAUGAUUUCACAGGAAAAAUACCUGAUUUUAUUGGGAGCUUGACAAAGUUAGAAGUUUUGAGGUUCCAAGGAAAUUCUUUUGAAGGCCCAAUCCCAGAAAGUUUGUCCAAUCUAACCAAAUUGACAGACUUACGGAUCGGUGACAUUGUAAAUGGGAGCUCUUCAUUGUCGUUUAUCAGUAACUUGACGUCUUUGAAUGUCCUAAUAUUGAGAAACUGCAGGAUAUCUGAUAAUCUUGCAACAGUGAACUUUUCUAAUCUAGCAGGAUUAACCUUACUGGACUUGAGCUUUAACAAUAUCACAGGCCAAAUUCCACAAUCCAUACUGAAUUUGGAAAAUCUUGGAUUCUUGUUUCUUGGGAAUAACAGCCUUUCAGGAAGCCUGCCUAAUGUUAAAAGCCCUUCACUAAACAAUUUAGAUUUUUCAUACAACCAGCUCUCUGGUAGCUUUCCUUCUUGGGCUACCCAGAAUAAUUUGCAAUUGAAUCUGGUGGCCAACAACUUCGUACUUGGCAGCAGCAACAACAGCAUUCCACAUUCAGGCCUAAACUGUCUCCAGCAAGAUAUUCCUUGUUUCCGUGGUUCUCCAGAAUAUUAUUCCUUUGCGGUAGACUGUGGCAGUAACAGAUCUAUGACAGGCUCGGAUAAUACUUUUUACGAAAUCGAUCCAACAAAUACUGGAGCUGCAUCAUAUUAUGUUACUGAUCAAACAAGAUGGGGUGUGAGCAAUGUAGGAAAAUUCAAUGAAGCCCCAAAUGGAAGUUACAUAAUAUAUAGCUCCCAGCAGUUUCAGAAUGCACUGGAUUCGGAACUGUUCCAGACAGCAAGGAUGUCACCAUCAUCGCUGAGAUACUAUGGCAUUGGACUUGAGAAUGGAGAUUACACUGUUGAGCUUCAGUUUGCAGAGUUUGCUUAUCCAGAGUCACCGACCUGGCAAAGCAUUGGAAGAAGAGUUUUCGACAUAUAUGUCCAGGGUGAUCUGAAAGAAAAGAACUUUGACAUAAGGAAGACAGCUGGUGGAAAAUCUUAUAUUGCAGUGUAUAAGAAAUACAAUGCAACUGUGUCUGCAAACUUCCUUGAGAUCCAUCUCUUCUGGGCUGGCAAAGGCACUUGUUGCAUUCCAACCCAAGGGUACUAUGGACCGAUGAUCUCAGCGUUAAGUGUGACACCAAAUUUUACUCCUACUGUGAGAAACGGUGUUCCCAAAAAGAAAAGUAAAGCAGGUGCAACUGCUGGAAUAGUGAUUGGCGCUUCAGUUUUAGGACUAGCAGCCCUAGUUGGAGUCUUUAUGUUGGUACAGAAGAGAAGAAGAGUGGUACAGCAGCAAGAAGAGCUUUACAACAUGGUCGGAAGACCAAACGUCUUUAGUAACGCAGAACUGAAGCUAGCUACAGACAAUUUCAGUUCUCAAAAUAUUCUUGGAGAAGGCGGAUAUGGUCCAGUUUAUAAGGGUAAGCUACCUGAUGGGAGGAUAAUAGCUGUGAAACAACUUUCUCAAACGUCUCAUCAAGGGAAAAGCCAGUUCGUGACAGAAGUUGCCACAAUUUCUGCUGUGCAACACCGCAAUCUUGUGAAGCUAUACGGUUGCUGCAUUGACAGUAACACCCCCCUGCUGGUCUAUGAGUACCACGAGAAUGGAAGUCUUGACCGAGCACUCUUCGGUGCGCACACUUCUGCUCACCACCACCUGUCUGUUAAACACAUUUCUCAAGGUUUUGUUUCUGAAUGUACAGGGGACAGUGGCUUGAGCCUCGACUGGCCAACACGCUUCGAGAUCAUUUUAGGAAUUGCAAGAGGCCUAACCUAUCUUCAUGAGGAGUCCAGUGUGCGCAUCGUGCAUAGGGACAUCAAAGCCAGCAAUGUCUUACUUGACACCAACCUCACACCCAAGAUCUCCGAUUUUGGGCUUGCCAAGCUCUUCGAUGAGAAGAAGACUCAUGUCAGCACUAAGAUUGCAGGCACAUUUGGCUAUCUGGCACCUGAGUAUGCAAUGAGAGGCCAUCUGACUGAAAAGGCCGAUGUUUUUGCAUUUGGGGUUGUCGCACUGGAGGCUGUUGCCGGUCGAUCAAACACGGACAAUUCUCUGGAGGAAGACAAGAUAUAUCUCUUUGAGUGGGCCUGGGAGAUGUAUGAAAGAGACCAAACACUCAGCAUCUUGGAUCCAAGUAUCGAAGAAUUCGACAGUGAAGAGGCCUCGAGAGUUAUCCAUGUCGCGCUCCUCUGCACGCAGGGAUCACCCCACCAGCGACCACCGAUGUCAAGGGUUGUGAAAAUGCUCACCGGAGAAGUGGAGAUGACUGAGGUGGUGACCAAACCAAGCUACAUUACUGAGUGGCAGCGCAGGGGUGGGAAUACCAGCUAUGUUACCAACGACUAUUCUGGUGACACAACCGGUGAGUUCAGCGUGCAGAGGGAAGAGAUUGCGCCUCUCACCCCAUCACCGGCAAUCACUGGAGUUAUCGAUGAGGGAAGGUGAUUGUAGGCUGCUGCUGGAUUUGGUCUAGACAGCAAAUAUUCAUACAUAGUUGAACAAUGUCAUGUGAACUGGCAGACAAAAUAAUGCGCUAGACUUUUGCCUUGUUUUAAUGUCCUUUUAUGAGGAAAGGUAUAUGGCAGUAUUUUGUUUGAUUGAUAUUGCAUUAUAACCUGAUGAGAUGCUCUUUUUAUAUGACGUCUAGAUGUAUUCAAUGUUAGUAUUGUUGGAUUGAUGGAACAUUUAUAAACAUAUUUAGCAGCAAGAUAUAGUUGAUGCAUUAA